AUGAAGCAUUCUAAAAAUUUCUCGAUGAUUAAUCGGCGAUUACUUGGCUGGAAGGGAACUCUACCGUAUUCACAUGAAGGACAUAGUGGUGAAGGGGGUAACUGUAAUUCUGAGAAUGAAAAAUCAACAUCAUUAGAUGGUGAAUUUGAUGAUUCUCAGUUUUCAAGUGAAGAUGAACAUGGUAAUGUUGCUGAUAGUGCAGCUACAAAUGUUGUAGAGGAAUUUGGUAGUUCAAUUGCCCAAAUAAAUGAAGUAGAUUGUGUUGAUUCUGAAGAUGAAUUAAGGAGUAUUAGUUCAAAUUCUGAUGUGGAGGAAGGGAGUAAUUCUAGUUUAGUUUUUAGUGAAUCAAAAUUCAACUUGGAGGAUUUUCAAUUUCAAGAAGGAAUGAUUUUUAAAGAUAACAAGGAGUUUAAGUGGGCAGUUGAAAGGUAUGAAGCAUUGAGUUGUAGGAGGUGGGAUCUUAAUGGAAUCCCUUGUAGUCAUGCCAUUGCAGCAAUUAGAACAAAAAGGGAAGUACCUGAAGAUUAUGUCCAUCAUUGCUAUACUGUGGAAGCAUAUAUGAGGAGUUAUAAACCAGCAAUAAUGCCAAUUCAUCCCUCAGAUUUAUGGACAAAAACUGGCCAAAAACCACCACUACCACCCAAGUAUAAAGUGCAACCAGGCAGACCAAAAAAACUAAGGAAGAGAGAUCCUAUUGAGAAUGAAUCUGUUGUGGGUGAUAAGCUAAUUAGCAAGUUAUCAAGAAAGGGUGAGAAAAAGAAGUGUUCAAUUUGUGGACAAUAUGGCCAUAACAAGCGUAGCUGCAAAAACCAGCUGCUGAAGUUGAACCACUUGCUGUUGAAGUUGCUAAUGUUUAAGUCCAGCCCCCUGGUGCUGUUGCAUGGUUUGUUCCAUCACAGACAGUUGGAAAGUCACCAAGAAAAAGAAAAUUGAGUCAAGGUUGUGCACCAAGAAAGACCAAACAACAUAAAUGAAGAUGAUGCUUUAUAGCAUCAAUUAGUAUGUAGGUUUAGAAGGCUUUUUGAAUGCUGCUUAGAUCUUGAAUUUUUUAUUUUUAUUUUUUGUAAUGCAACCAAUAUUUAAUACAAGCUAAGUAGUUAAUAGGUAAGUUCUGGAAUGAUUUUUGUGAAUCACUUUAAUUUUGAAAGUCUUUUGUGUUGAAAACUACCAACAUUUCAAUAUAUUGAAAGAAAUCAAUAUUAUAUUUA